AUGGCGGUUCUUUUUGUCUGCUGUCUCACUCUAUUCCAGCCCGGUCCUUUGUCUUCCCGACUAUCGGCUAUGUCAGAGAGUAAGGGUGCCAUCUUGCGGAACAUCCUUAUCCCCAUUGAUGGAAGCGAGCAUUCCGAUCGUGCAUUUGUGUGGUAUAUCGAGAAUCUCAAGAAAGCCGGCGAUUGUGUUCAUCUGAUCCAUGUUAUUGAGCCUGUCUACACGACACCAGCCGUUGGCCUGGCAAUGGAGUCGCCACCUCUACUAGUGGACGACAUGACUCGAGUUAUGGAAGAGAGCAUUGAAAGUGGCAAAAAGCUUGGACAGCAGUUCAUGCGAAAGGCGAAAGAGUUUGGCGUCGACUCUAAAGCCUUUCUACACGUGGAUACUAAACCCGGACAUGCUCUCGUCAAAUCAUCAAUCGACCAUAAAGCUGACAUAAUCGUGAUGGGCAAUCGUGGUCUUGGCACCCUGAGGCGCACAUUUUUGGGCAGCGUCAGCGACCAUGUGCUACACCACUCGCACAUCCCCGUAGUUGUGGUUCCUCCAAACGAGAAGCGCUAA